AUGCCCUCGGACAGCGAGGAGGUCUGCCUCCAGCAGUCGGGGACAGGCGUCUACGAGAAUGUGGUAUAUUCGAAAGAAACAUCAGACAGAGCCAAGCGAUAUGCAGGUGAUACAAAUCGUAAAACAAUUGGAAGAUACUCGGCAGCAGUACAAAAUCUAAUUCCACUUAGAACCACAGAAAGAAACAAAAACAACGGUGGCAGCCGAAUCGACGAUGCCGGACUCUUCUCCUUUGUCACCUACUCUUGGGUGUUCCCUUAUUUGUACCAAGCAGUACGUGGAAAACUUGACCGAAAUCAAGUUUGGGGAUGCAGUUUUUAUGACAGUUGUGGUUUAAAUAUGGCUAGAUUGGAAGUGUUAUGGGAAGAUGAGAAGAAAGCCAAUGCAAAAUCACCGUCAUUAUUCAAAGUUAUUUAUCGAUUUAUCAGCACUCGUCUCUGGUUUUCCUGUGCAGUGUUCUUCUUUUGCCUGAUUUUCGGAUUUAUUGGACCAACUUGCUUCAUCCGGCGACUCAUCGCCUUUGCAGAAAACCCGGAACGUGACGAGCAGAGCAGAAUUGUGUACUCUUACGGAAUCGCACUGGUAGCCGCUAUCAGCGUCGUCGAGUUUGCACGAGUCUUGUCUUACGGAGCGACUUGGGCGGUCUCUUACAGAACUGGAAUCAGAGUACGCGGAGCCGUCCUGGCUCUCCUCUACAAGAACGUGUUAAACUCCAAGGAUCUAUGUGGAAAGACCGAGUCAGAUGUCAUCAACAUUUUCGCCAAUGAUGGGCAACGUCUUUUUGAUGCCGUUACAUUUGCGCCUUUGGUGCUCGUUGGACCAUUGGUUCUUGUCGGAGGUAUUGGAUACCUACUGAUGGUUAUUGGAAGAUGGUCACUUCUCGGUAUUCUUGUGUUCUUUGUGUUUGAUGUGAUUCAGUUUGGACUCGGAAAAUCCAUGGUCGCGUGUAGAAAUCUGGCAAUCGUGAAGACCGAGAAACGUAUUAGCAUGAUGGCUGAAAUUAUUAAAUACAUUCGAAUUGUCAAGAUGAACGGAUGGGAGCAGAUUUUCAGCGCGAAAAUUGAUCAAUUCCGCAAAGAAGAGAAAGUUCAAAUCCGUAAAUCGGGAUAUGCUCAAUCACUAGCCAUUGCAUGUGGUCCAGUCGUCCCAGUUGUUGCUGCAAUUCUCACAUUUGUUGGAGUCGUCCUUGCCGGAAAUGACCUCCUUGCUUCUGACGCAUUUUCAGCUAUCACUGUCUACUUUGUCAUGCUCUUCGGUAUCCGAAUGAUUCCAUAUGGAUCCAGAUACUUGGCGGAAGCUGUGGUUGCCAUGAGAAGAAUUCAAGAGUAUUUGUUGCUGGAGCAAUAUGCCCCAUAUCCGGUUACAAACGCAGAGGAUGUAGUUCUUGACUGUCAGGGGGCUACCUACACUUAUCAGCCUAAAGCUGCAAAAGCACCAGUUGACGAGACUAAAGAACCAACUGAGAAUGAAGUGAUUGUCGUGGAGACCCCUGUAUUCACGUGCUCAUUUGACAAACUCUCAAUCAAACGUGGAGAGCAUAUCGCGGUUAUUGGAGCUGUUGGAUGUGGAAAGUCAGCUAUUCUCAAGGCUAUUUCGGGUCAUAUGUUCACCACCGACGACGCCCUUUCAGUGGAUCGCUCGCAAACCGUGUAUGUCCCACAAAAAGCGUGGAUCUUCAAUGGAACCGUACAAGAUAAUAUUUUGUUCGGCGAUAAGAUGAACUCUGAAAGAUACUACAAAGCCGUGAACGGAUGCCAACUUACUGAAGACUUGACGACACUCUCAGUUGGAGACCGAACAGAAGUUGGAGAACGAGGGGCCACACUUUCCGGAGGACAGAAAGCGAGAGUUGCUUUGGCAAGAGCUGUGUUCCAAACAAAGAAUCUCUACUUGUUUGACGAUAUUUUUGCUAGUUUGGAUAAGAAGGUUGCUAAUAAGAUUCAUGAGGAAAUCAUUCAAAAGCUAUUGAAGAAAAAGGCACUAAUGAUGGUCACCAAUAACAUGGAGCUUCUUCAUCACUUUGAUCGAGUACUAUUUGUCGAAGGCGGAAACAUUGUUGCUGAUGGAAACCACGACAUCUUAUACGAAAAGAAUGACGCUUACAAAACCUUUGUAGAUGCAUGUGAAACUUAUCAAGCGACUUCUGGAGCUACAUCUCCAUGUGGCGACGGACCAGCCCAGCCAGCACCACUUGACGCUGAGAUUCUUAGAAAUUCGUCAGAAGAUUUAAAAGGAGACGCUGAUAAACUGAUUAGUGACGAGGAGGAUAUGGGAAACAGUACAAUUGCUUGGCGUAUUUACAAGCAAUACAUUCACGCUGCUGGCGGAUGGCCAAUUUGGACAUGUCUUGUCAUUGGAUUCAUCGUCAACGUUGUCUCGAACAUUUUUUCAACUUAUUGGCUUUCCAGAUGGCUCAAGAAAGGACACGAUGAAACUACUACUAUUACUAAUGGAACUGAAUUUUUGGAAAUGAAGACGAGUUUGGCUGACAGUCCUGUCACCGGAUUUUAUGCCGCCGUAUACCUCGUGGCUCUUGUCGUGCUCACCAUCUCUGGACUUUUCAAAGCAUGCGUUUUCGUCAAGGUUUCUCUCACUGCUGCGACACGGCUCCACGAUAGGAUGUUCCAAGCCGUCAUUCAUGGAGCUACCAGCUUCUUUGAUUCAACCCCAACAGGAAGAAUCCUGAACAGAUUUUCCAAGGAUAUGGAUGAAAUUGAUGUCAAACUUCCAUUCACCGCCGAAGUUUUCCUUCAAAAUAUGAUCACUUGUCUGGGAUUCCUCGUGGUUAUCACAUCCGUUUUCCCGUACUUCCUUCUUUUCGCAAUUCCACUUUUUGUAGUUUUUGUGGUAUUUGUUUCAUGCUUCCGUGCUGGUAUCAGAAAUUUGAAACGAUCUGAGCACAUUUCUCGCUCCCCACUCUACGAUCACGUUUCUGCUAGUUUGGAAGGAAUCACAACUAUCCACACGUUCCAACAAAGUAAUCGCUUCUUGGAGGUUCUCAAAAAACACUUGGACUGCAACAGUGGUGCUAUUUUUAUGUUCCAAUCGGCAAUGAGAUGGUUGGCAGUGUGGCUGGAUCUUUUAGUAGUUGUCAUGACAGCCAUUGUCGCACUUUUGACAGUCAUGCUCACUGGAACUGUUUCACCUGCCGAUGCUGGUAUGGCAAUUGCAUUCGCUGUACAGAUGAGUGGAAUCUUCCAAUUUGCGGUUAGAACUCAGACAGAGCUUGAGGCAAAGAUGACAAGUGUGGAAAGAGUGUCAUACUAUGCCGAUAACAUUCCUGAGGAUGGAGAAUGGAAUACUCGCCAAGGCCUUGAUAUUGAAUCUUCCUGGCCUGCCAAUGGACAAAUCAACUUUUCAGAAGUGAACCUUCGCUAUAGAAAAAGCCACCCACUUGCCCUCAAUGAUAUCACUUUUGAAAUCAAGGGUGGAGAAAAAGUUGGAAUUAUUGGAAGAACCGGAUCAGGAAAGUCAUCACUGGCAAACCUUAUUUUCCGACUCUACCCAGUCACAAACGGAACAAUUUACAUCGAUGGAGUUGAUAUCAGAACCGUUGGGCUCGUUAAGCUUCGUCGUGGAAUUUCAGCUAUCGCGCAGGACCCAUCCUUGUUCUCUGGAACGGUUCGAUUCAAUUUGGAUCCAAGCUUGGAGUAUUCCGACUCAAUGAUUUGGGAAGCCCUCGAAAAAUGUCAUUUGAAAACAUUGGUACAAUCAUUAGACAAAAAGUUGGAGGCUGAUGUAAGCCACGGUGGAAAUAACUUCUCCGUCGGAGAACGACAGCUGUUCUGUUUGGCUCGUGCUUUGUUGAUGAAGUCCCGAAUUGUGAUUCUUGAUGAGGCAACAGCUUCAGUGGAUGCCGGUACAGAUAAGCUUAUUCAAGAAGUGAUUAAAACCGUGUUUGCCGAUGCUACUGUGAUUAUCAUUGCUCAUCGUCUCGACAACGUUCGUAACAUGGAUCGUAUAAUGCACCUGAAAAAUGGAAAACUCAUAAAUUUCACAACUCCACAAGAAAUGUUUAAAGAUGAUUGGUCGGUUUACAAGCUGGAAGACAAAGACGAUGAUCAACAUUCUGCGGUGGUAGUUGGAGAAAAUAGUGAGCACUCGAUGGAAAAGAGUUCCCAGGGAAGCAGUCAAGAAUCCGACGAUAUUGUAAAAGUAGAGAAUGAGCAGAAAGAUAGCUCGGAUGAUGUCGUUCACAUUGAAAGCGGCGAUGAUGACGUCAAGGCGGACUCUUCUGAAGUAAAAGAGACGAGCAGUGACACAGAUAUCGAAGUUGUUCAGUGAAGGAUUUCCCAUAUUUGCCAUUAUUAAAUUUUUGACGGGGGGCGAACCAGCUUCCAAUUUAUGUGUUCUUGUAACACUAUUCCAUAUAUAAUAAAACUUCAAUACGAAAACCUGCAAUCUAAUUAAAUCCCAUUGCUUCUAAGAUUCUCAGUUGUUAUCACUAAACCGCCCUCCAUUCUCAUCAGUCAUCAUGUUGUCACUCUUCUAGGUCCCAAAUAUACACCCUAUCUUUUUGAAACAGGGACAAUCCACGGUCACAACGAACUUCUUUUCUGACUUGUCAUACUUUCUCUCUUACAUGUUUCUUUUUUCACUCAUCCCAACUCCCACAUGUUCUAGUAGAAUUAUAACUUACUUGUAACACUUGAACUUUAAUACUUGUAUCUUUAAUAUGUAAAUCUGCAAAAAAUAUUUCAGUUUGAAAUAAAUAAAUUGAUAUG